AUGCACGUCGAGAACCUCCGUGGAAACCAUAUUGCCUCGGAGAUGACCCCCCAAACCGUAGCCCUGCUUCACGGCCUGAAGACCGUCUUCGCCCCUCACCCUGUUUGGUUCGACCGCCCCUGGAACGGUACAUUCCUGGCGAAGUGGUUUAACCCAGGCCCCCGAGGCGCGACUGGUGGCGAAGGCAGCCCCAUGGGAUGGGGACGAGAGCGCCGCUACCAAGGCUCGACUUGGUACUACCGCGCUGACCCGCCCGCGCGAAUGUACAAUAAUUGGAUGGGCUACGAGGAUACCCACGUUGGCGGAAAGGCAUGGGAAGAGAAGCAUGGUCGCCCGUGUCUGCCGCCGAUGAUGAUUCAUCCCGUCAAGGAGGUCAAGCAGACACAACCAGGUUUCGAGACGCACUUUGAGCUCGCGUAUGGCUAA